AGCGCUAGAAGAGCUUAAAUAAGAAAAGAAAGAUCAUUAAAUAAAGUUUUGUGUUUUCAAACGUCCGUCCUGCAUAAUAGUCCGACUGGAAACACGUCGAGUGUUGUUGUGGAGCAGCUAACGGUGUCCUGCGGCUAAUUUAGCAUUCCCUCACACCGUCAACACAGUGGAUUUAUUUGUGUGUGUGUGUGUGUGUUUGUUUGUUUGUUUGUAAAUGGACGGUGUGCCCUGCCUUCGUGUGUCUCAGUGUCACGCACAGGAGUUCAGGAAAUGUCUGCAGUCCAGAGGAGCUCUUGACCUGAGUUUGUGUUUGCUCAAAGAGUCAGAUGGGACAGUCCUCCUGCCCAUUUUACCAUCCUGUCUGUCACAACUUGAUCUGCAGUCCCUUAGAACCACGGUGGCUUCAGUCAAUACUUGUGAAAUAGUUUGGAGUCAGUCUCCUCUGCAGUCAAAGAAGGGAGGAAGAGAGAGGGGAAAGGCAAGUGGCAAUAAGCUUGAGAAAAUCCUCCAGGAGCUGUUGGAAUCUCAUGGUGAAAGAUGGACAGAGGAGCUGAAGGGGGACAUCCCUCGCAGCUUCCAGAGGCAUGGAGACCUAGUCCUGCUGGUAGACGGCUGUUUCUCCCUGCCGCUAUGGAAGAAAAUGGAUCAACAGCUGUGGGGUGCAGUGGCCAAAGGGCUGGGGGCAAAGCGUUUGGCAAAGAUGAGUCGAAUAUCCAGGGAUGGAUUUAGAUCUCCUGUGGUGACGAUGCUGUUAGGAGAGCACAGCUGGGUCAGACAUGUGGACAACGGUAUUCAGUAUGAGUUUGAUGUCACUAAAUGUAUGUUCUCAGCUGGAAACAUCACAGAGAAGCUCAGAGUGGCUGGAUUUGACUGCAGAGGGGAGACUGUAGUGGAUUUAUAUGCAGGUAUCGGUUACUUCACUCUCCCAUAUCUGGUCCAUGCGAGGGCCAGUCAUGUUCACGCCUGCGAGUGGAACCCAGACGCCGUUGAGGCCUUACAAAAAAACUUAGAGGCAAACGGAGUGUCCGACCGCUGCACGAUUCACAGAGGAGACAAUCGACAACUCCAGCUGUGUGACAUUGCAGACCGGGUGAACCUGGGUCUGAUACCAAGCUCUGAGGACGGCUGGCCCGUCGCCUGUCGCCUGCUGAAGAGGACAACUGGUGGCAUUUUGCACAUUCACCAGAAUGUUACCUCACCUUUACUGAACACUGCAGCCAUUCCAGCAAUCAAUGAUGCCACCCAGAGGGCUUCUGGGAAGAAAGCUGACAGAGUUGCAUGGGAGGCCUGGGCUGAUGACACAGCAGACCGCAUCUCUUCUCUUUUAAAGGACACCAGUGGCGCAUGGUGGAAAACAAACAUCCAGCACAUAGAGCAUGUCAAGUCAUAUGCUCCUCAUGUUCACCAUGUUGUCCUGGACUUGGAGUGCAGACCGUCCUGAGCUGGAGAGAUGAACACAGAUGCAGAGCUGACACUGUGGCUCUGGACAGUUUAAAUGUACUGAAGUUGCUUUUUUCUAUGUAAUAAACAAGCAAAUCGUAUGUUCCAGAAGUUUACAAUACAGUACAACCAAACACAA